UUAUCGUUUAAACCCUCCGCCGAAGCCCGAAGGCCGCGAGAGGUGGCGUAGAAGCUGACAGCGCCAUGGCCGGACCACGAAAUGUAGAACCCAAGUGCUACUCCCUCUCCCACGACCAGCUCAUUCGGCUCUCCCAACCAAUCCGAGAAACCCUAUCGAGAACUCCAUACACCCCGCCCGAGGGUGCCACCGUCUCCAUCAAAUCCCUCCUCGAAUCCCUUCUCCCCCAAGAAAUCCCGCCCUCGGAUCGCAUCGCUGGAGACGAGGACUCGAAGGAGAGAUUUCGCAAGGAAAUCAGGGAUUUCUGUCUCUGCUGUGCCGCCCUGGCGUCCGCCGAGGGGGAGGAUUCCCCCAAUGUGUAUUGGAUCACGAAAGACCUGAUCUUGGCGGCGAAAUCGGCGUUUCACGAGCUGUCGAAAGCUGUUUCCUUGGGAUCGGAGCGUGAGUUGUUCGUGGAGUUGAUGCCGGAGGUGUUGCCGGAAGUGAAGGGGGUCAUUAGGGAGAGCUCCAUCGAUACGGAGGAGGAGGAGAUCGUGCCGGCCUCGGCGCAGGUGCCGGUGGCUCAUGCCAUUGUUGCGGCGCUUCAGUUUAGGUGGCUCGUGUCCCAGGUUAGUUACCCUAAUCUGGGGAAGUUAUGCUCGUUGGUCAUUCCAUGUGCUUUGACGGCUCUGGAUCACUGGUCGCCCGAAGUGAAGGAGCAGGGAAUGCUUAGCUUUAUACAUAUAGGAAACAAUAUGAAUGCAGCUGAGUUAAGUUGGUAUGAAGAGGCGAUUCUUGAUGCAUGUUGCCGAAAUAUUCCUGCAAGUGAUGAGUUAUGGCAUCGAGUAGUUGAGGUGUCUGUGCUUUUGUUGACCUGUACUCAGCGGAUGAAUCCUCGUAGCUUUUGGUUUGAGCGGAUGCUAAGUGAGAUGCUGGCUCACUUGGAGCGCCAACCAUUCAAUAAAGAACGUCGUAUUGCAUGGCUCACACUUAUUGAACCGGUUUUUGAUGCCAUGGGCCUUUUUAUAUUGGCACACUUCCGGCGUAUUUUUGCUCUCUUCUUUCAAUGGAUGCAUGCUGAUGAUGACAAAACUGUUAUUCUGUUUGCUUUAUUUCUAAGUCAUACUUUUCCGAUGCUCUGCAUGCGUACGAAGGGUGAGGUAAUUGUUGUAUGACUCUUCCUUUUUAGUGGAAAACAUUACUAGAUAUUCCAUUCACUGUGCAAGAAGAAUUACCACAUCCUUGUUAAUAGUUGGUACCAUAUAUUUCCUUCAUGACACUUUGCUCUCACACAUCUGUUUUCUUUAUUAGAAACCAGCCAGACUUCAGCAAAACAAUUUUUGGUCCAUGUUUUGAAACCCAUGCUUAAUUUUUCAAGUAAUGCUACUUGGAAAUUUCUAAUGCUCAGAUCAUUUUAGAAUAUGAAUCAUUUAAUUGUAGUAACACUGGUGCAUGGUCCCUGCUGCACUAUGGCUCUGCUGAUGUCAUGACGUGCUUCAAAAUACUAAUCAUCGGCUUCUUCAAAUAUAUGUAUGAAUGUAGUAUGUUUGUAUGCAUUUAUGUAGGACUGGACGAUGUCCAAUCUUUCUCUCAAAGUGUAUGUAUAUGUCUAUUUGUUUGUAUUUACAUGUAUAUGGUGGUUUUUGUGAGUGGUGGACGCAUAAAUACAUAAUUAAGAUAUGCUCAAUUUAUUUACAGAUAAAAACAUAUUAGAAACUUGAUGUUUGUGGAUUAUAAAGAACAACAAAGUACUAAUCUGCUGUUUGGCAUAUAUUAUAUCAAUAAAUUGGUCUGUCUAAUAAAAAUGACACGGUGUAUACUUUGUUUCGCCAAAAUGUAUGCAUGCAUUUAUGUUCAUAGCUCACAUGGAUGCUCUCAGAUAAGCAUAUAGAGGUGC